UACCUGACAAAAUAACGAAGACCAAUCUUCCUAGCUCGAGUUAAUUAAGUGCCGUGUUUGUCCUCUACAAUACACCAGUUCAACACAUGAAUAAUAUAGACGUAGUCGGUGACAGUAAUACAAACUCAUUUCUCCAUUGUAGGAUCAAAUGGCGAACCACUUUUCAAAAGCAUAUUCCUUUACAACCAAGGUUAGUUUCAUAACUUAAUAGAGCGGUAUAUUGGUACCUGGACUUCUAUAACGGUGAUUAAUAGAACGGUCUAAAAUGUGCUCGACAGCAAUAAAUAAAUGCAAAUAUGCAAGUGUUGUGGGUGUGCUAAUUUAAGUCGAACGGUGUACACCCAUGGGAAUAAAUGAACAAUUAAAGUUCAUUAAAGAGGCUGGAGCUAGCAGACAAUUAGGGAACUAUUGAACUAACACGCAUGGCAUUAUACAGGGUGUCCCAAAAAACCCGAAAACUAUUGAAAUCACUAUUGUUAUAAUUUGAAUGCCCUACCAAAAAGCUGAACGUAAUGAUGCGUAAAAUAUACUGUACUGUAGACAAGGUGCAUGUAUUAAAAUUUAGUUAAAAACAUCUCCUUGUAAAGUGCACGAUUUUCUGCUCUUGGGAAUUCAAAACAUCUUCUUAAACAUAAAGAUGCAUAAAAUUUACUUAUGUCAAUCAUUUAUGCACUCGUGGGAACCAACAGAGUGCUAAGGCAUUCAAAUUCUAACAAUUAAAUUGUUAUUGGUGAUUUCAAUAGUUUUCGUUUUUUUGGGACACCCUGUACAGUACAAUUCAUUACAGCUAUUUCAAUUAAGGUUGUCACAGUCAAUUGUACAUUCCAAGAGCAACAAGAUGGGUAUAACAACUUUUAACAUUUUUAGCCGUUUCGGUAGCCUAUGAACAUAGCUCCUUUUUAUUUUUGCAAUUUCCAGGGGUAUACAUGAUUUUUACUACAUUUUGCCUUAUAAAAUACCUUAUUCCCAUCAUGCUUAUGGCGCUUGGAUUGUACAUUUGACUAUUGCUUGCGACCAUAGAUAUCUUAUAUACACUAGAUAGCGCAUCUCUUUUAGUAAAAUUGAAGCCAAGAAUAUUCCAGCGGUUACCCCCAUUUGAAUAGAUGGCGGCCAUGUUGGUCGUUCCCACUUGCUAAUAAACGCUUAAAAACAACAAUAACUUUCAUUAUUUGAAUAGUUUAAAAACGUAUUUGGAAUAGGGUUAACCUAAUGUUUAAGUUCCCUGUUUAAGAGAUAGAAAACAAACGAAUCUUCUCAUUUCAUGGGAACGACCUGAGACUGCAAUCACGGCUUCAAUUUUUGAAUUGCAGAAUAAUUAGAUGCGCUAUCUAGUGUAUAUAAGAUAUCUAUGCUUGCGACUCUGUGGACAGAAGGAGAUUGAGAUCAAAUAAUGAGAUUCUAAUGAAAUUCGUUUGUGUAAAUGCCAUCAUCAUAAAAGCCACCUAUAGUUAUUUGUUGAAUUACUAGAAAAUCGGAUUUUUUUUUAUUCGAGAGAAACUUACGUUUUAAAUGGUAUUUUAUUCGACACAGCAUGCAGCACAUUAAGACGGCGACGUUUUCGAAGCAUUUGACGGGUUUCGUCGAAUAAUUGAUAGAAAUCGACUUCGAAAUUCCGUCAGAUAAAACUCAGAAGCAUUAAUUUACUGUAAUAACGAAUUAAAUUCCACGGAAAUUUGACGUCUAAAAACAGGCCAAAGUUUCGGGAAAUGACUUUUUUUCUGAGUGAUUUUGUAAGCCUGUUUUUCACCAGUAACACAAGCAUUAUUAUUUAAAUUUAUUUAAAACCGUAUGAGGAACACUUGUGUGUUUCUUACAGCUGACUAAAUAACUCAUUCUGCUUAGGUUGGCCUGUGUACACAUCUGAGAAAUUUAGCUUGGUUUGAAGACGCAAGUUCUGACGAUUUUUUCCCGCGCUGUCACCGCCUUGGGUCUGAUGACGAAAAAGAUGCUUUUAUUGGUGAAUUGCAGUAUUUUUUUGUUCAUAUUGAGAGUUUGAGCCAUAGAAAUAAUAGACAUAGACAUAUCUAUUAUUUCUAUGGUUUGAUCAAGUCAUUUUUUGCCGGUCUGCACAUGGCGGUGUAUGGCCACCGAGGAAAACUUGACAAGACAUGAUGUUUGUGAUGUUACUCUAAUUGCACGUGCAUCCACACCGGGCCAGCUGAAAAGUUUGCCUGAUGACGGUGGGAAUCGAACCCGCGACCUUUGGGAUACUAGUCCAAUGCUCUACCAACUGAGCUACGAGGUCAAGUUGAUAUCAACGGAACUAGACUCAGUUCCGAAAUAUCACCAACUCGAAUCGACUUGAACUCGUAGCUCAGUUGGCAGAGCAUUGGACUAGUAUCCCAAAGGUUGCGGGUUCGAUUCCCACAGUGGCCAAGCUAACGUUUCGGCUUGCCCGGUGUGGGCAAGGAAAACUUGGCCAUGUGUACUCAUGAGAACGAGGCUCUUUUGCCAAGAUUGAGCACCUUCGAAGCAUGGGAAACCUAUGAAUUAUUUAAUAAGUUAAUACCUUGCCAACGUAAUUUUUUGUUGCAGACGAUUACCGCAUUACAUCAGCUUGCAAUUUUUUAAAAUUGUUAAUCAAGCAUUCCAACGACCAAACAACGUCGGGCAUUUAUUCUACGGUAAAAACAAAAUCUUCGAUAACGCUCAGGGCGACAGUUCGCUCGAGAACUCAGCGCUCGCCAUCUUGUUCUGCGAAGUCUCAGAGGUCGCGAUCCAGUUUGACUUCAGGCGAACGGCGGUCUAUGAUUGGUCAAGUACCGUCACGUGCGAUCCUGCUUGCCCUACGGGCGUGCAGGCAAUUCAUCAUGUGUAGGAACAAUGAGGACAUCGAUGGACAAUAUGAGGUAAUGUAGAACACAUUUUAGGUGAAAGUGCGGAAAUGAACAAUCCCAUAUCAGCGCAACCUCGUUCCCAGGGUCUUUAGGCUUUACCCAACCUCGUUCCCAGGGUCUCUGCCGUUCUAAGAAAGACCCUGGGAACGAGGUUGAUAUCAGCGCGGUACUGAGUCGGUUGAUUCGCGCUCCGGUCUAUAUUCUCUAUUCUCGGUUGUAAUAUUCCAAUCAAUCAUAUUAUAUUUCUUUAUCAUCAAUCCAAUUAUAUAUUCAAUUGCAUCCUUUCAAUUAUGUUUCAUAUAUAAGAUAGAAUUCGUUCCAGCUAAUUUCUUUAUAUAUUAUGCUUGAAAAGUAAUCGAGAAAUUAUUGGUUUUAGAAUGGGAUGUUGACAGAUGAAGAUUGGGACAGUCUUAUUGGUUAUUACUAUCAGAUUAUACAGUAAGUCUUUAUUGGCUGGAAUUUUUACCUCACAUAUACGUUCUGUUAAAAAAUGUCUACUUUCCUUAGCAGACUUUCCCGGGUAAUGGUGUAGGUGUAUCUAUGUGAAUCUCAUUAUUAAUGAAUAAUUCAUGAGUAAAUUAGCCAACCAUGUUGCUUUAUUUUGCUCACAUGAUAAUUCUGGAUACCUGAUGAAGCAUACACAGCUAAAAACGACCAGGUUGUUGCAAUAUUGAUGAAAACAGGAUUGAACAAUGUUAUGCGGCCCAUGCACAUUGUUCACAGUUGUCAACAAUAUUGAACAAUAUUGUUACACCCGAUUCAGGCUCAACAAUAUUAUUCAAUAUUGUUGACAAGUGUGAACAAUGUGGGCCGCACAACAUUGUUCAAUCCCGUUAAACAGCAGGCUCAUAAUUUUUACGCGUGUAUUGAUCCAGUCCUAGAUCAAAAUCAAUUCUGUCCUUUGAAUGGAUCGAACUUAAUUCACCUCACUUUAAAUGGUGAUUAAUUCAUACGAUAUGUCAUUUCAAAUCUUCCAAUUCGAACUGGGCUAGAUUUCAAGUCCUCGCAUUUUGAUUCAGUCAGCUCGGCUUCGCCUCGGACUUGAUCAAAUUGCGCGGAUUUGAAAUCUAGUCCAGUCCUCAUAGUCGGAUUCGAAAUAUUAUAUGAAGAUCGACUUUAGUCCGCUUUUUUAUUUUAGUGACGGCAGCACGAUAGAAGGAGGCGAAGAAUAUGUGGAAAGAAGUGAAGAAAUGUUAAAAGAGGUAUAUAUACUCUUUGAAUGCAUUGAGUUGCGAUACUCCAUAGUGCGCACUACUUUGUUAUUUUGCUAGUGAGAAUAGCGCAGUCGGUAUAAAGCAUUCAUCUGAAGAUUGAAAGGUUUGAUUCCUUGCCGCGUCAGUUCAGCGUACGAGUAGCAUGGUUUCAGGUAAAACUGGAUUGUUUGGGUUAAAAUCACGAACUAUUUCAUUUUGUUUUCCUCAGAUGCGAGAGUUGCUACCGCAAUUGGACCUUGACGGGGUUCGCAACGUGUGGAUUGUGAAGCCUGGUGCCAAGUCACGUGGUCGUGGUAUAAUGUGCAUGGAUAGGCUAGACGAUCUUUUGAAACUUGUCAGCAGUACAGUGAAGAAAGAAAACAGAUGGAUUGUACAGAAAUAUAUAGGUCUGCAUUUUCUCUGCAAUAUACGCUAUAUAAAAUUAGAGUAAUAUAUCUUCAGCUAAUGUACAUUCUGUAAUCACAAUGCAACACUAAUGGAAGACUUUUGAAUGAGGUUUACCGUAUUUACUCGUUUAAGCGCCGCAGCACUCGUUCAAAUUGAAUUUAGUGUCUAAAAGUUCAUGUAGCAUUAGGGGCAACAUAAACUUCUAAGGGGUCAUCCAUAUUUAUCAACAUUUUCACAAGCGUACAAACCGUACGCUGGGGGUUAAUGCUGAUGUACGCUUUUCGAAGUGUUGGUUGUGGAUUUAUCAUCAUUAUUCCUGAGUUUCAACAAUUUAAGAGUACCCUCUUGGAGGGGGUUGUUAAAAAUGUUGACAAUUAUGUACCACCCCUAAAUAAAAAUUGUCUCUUUGGAAGAGGUUCACACUAUCAUAUAUUCUUUGAUCAAAAGUUUACUUUCAUCAAGAAGCUUCGACGGAGUGAACCGUGCAACCCUGGGUGAAAUCUAAACUUUAAUUCUUAUUUUCUUCAGAAAGUCCACUGUUAAUUUACAACACAAAGUUUGAUAUUAGACAGUGGUUUCUUGUCACAGACUGGAAUCCGCUUACGCUCUGGUUUUACAAGGUAAAAUUUAGCAAUAUUUCUGCCAACUAAUAUAGUAUGAAGUAUCAUAAUCACCGUUUGAACCAGACAUAGUACGACAGUGCGGUGCCCUUGAGCAUGCGCAAAACAAGUACAACACAACCGUGAAGACAUACUAUUAACUAAUAAACUCACGCAGCGAAUAUAAAACGAUGCCUAACUUCGUUUGGGCACCAAUGACAAUUAUAUUUUUUAUCUUUCUUCUUUAGGAUUGUUAUUUUAGAUUUUGUAGUCAAGAAUUUACCUUAGAUAACUUUGAACCGUAA